UGACGUUGUAAUACGUUGGCUCAACUUUGCUGGAGAAAAUGGCGUGGCUGCUAGGAUCAAAAUGGUGGCGUUGGGAGGGUGAAAGUUUUAAACUUGUUGCAGUUCCUCCCGUUCAGCAGUAGCCUUGACCCGGGGUACUGGCAGGAGUUAGGGAAGAGGAAACUCGAAGAUUAUCAGCUAAGAGAGGACCCGGUCCCUAUCAGGGGCAGCUAUGGGAACUAUUACCGAGUAUUACAGGAACAUUAGCACUCCUUUCCUAUCCCUGGAUUAUACUGCUUUUGAUGUGGGAUACCAGCCUAUUGGGCUAGACUUACCUUCUCCUGGUCUCCUACGAAACAUGCGCCUCCUUCAACAACAUUGACAAGAAGGAGUUACUUGAUACCUGUGGUCGUCUCAUUUUGGAGAGUAUUAAAAAUGGUGAUUGCCUCAAAAACCCGUCCCUCCUGACGUCAUUCCUGUUACUCACAUACGCCAACUUAAAGAAGUAUUGUUUCAAUUAUUGGUUUGGAUUCCCUACCCUCUCCCCCUCCAGUCCAUUCACUUAUAGAUCUAUUAGUCGUUUGGAUACUCUUUUUAAAGACUCCGACCUCCAGCACUUGGUUUCUCGUUAUGACGACUUUCAAUUGGAACACAAAAGUGUUGGGUCCUUUCUAGUCGAUUAAGAAGGUUCUAAAUUAACUCCGAAACUUUUGACGUGUAUUGAAAAGGUUUUUAAAGAAGGGUGCGAUAGAUUAUCGAUUGGUUUCUGUGACCCUAGUACUCUUGAUUCUAACCCAGGCUGGCCUCUGAGGAAUUUCUUGUACUUCAUUUCACAUACUUAAUUGGGAUAACGUUUUAAAGGAAGUAGACAUUCUCUGUUACCAUGACAACACGAGAGACGGGAUGCAUUUGAUUGAUAAUCCCUCUCUCCCCCCCCUCUCUCUCUCUCUCUCCUUGUAGAAGACUUAUAUAGUUGGUUCUACUAAUGAUGGUCUCAGUUGUUGUAUGCUAAAGAUUGACAGAACACAAUCAGGAGCUGCUGGACUAGUGGUUGAAGAAGAUGAGAAAGAAUAUCAACAAAAUGAGGUUCAAGAGACCCUUACAAUGUUAGAGAGUACCAAUCAGAACUUCACCACUUGUUAUAAAGGAGGACUACAGCAAGUGGCACCAGCUUUUGGGAUUGUUGGUUUUAUCAGAUUCCUUGAAAGCUAUUACAUUAUUCUCAUCACCAAACGAAAACCUGUUGCUAAUAUUGGUGGUCAUAUAUUGUAUAAAAUUGAAGACACUGCCAUGCACUGUCUGUCAGCUCCUACUGGUAGACCAGCUCAUCCUGAUGAAUCAAAAUACAUUAAAAUAUUUCAAAAUGUUGAUCUAUCGUCUAGUUUUUAUUUCAGUUAUUCUUAUGAUGUAACUCAUUCCCUUCAGUUCCAAAUGAGGACUUCAGGGGGUCCUAUGCCUCCGUCCUGUCUUAGGUUUAUAUGGAAUGAGUACUUACUGGAGAACCUUGAGGGCUUCGUACACUCAAGAUGGAUACUCCAUAUAAUAUGUGGAUUCAUGUCACAAAUCAUUAUUAUUAUAUUCCCCUCCAGUUAUUCUUAUGAUGUAACUCAUUCCCUUCAGUUCCAAAUGAGGACUUCAGGGGGUCCUAUGCCUCCGUCCUGUCUUAGGUUUAUAUGGAAUGAGUACUUACUGGAGAACCUUGAGGGCUUCGUACACUCAAGAUGGAUACUCCAUAUAAUAUGUGGAUUCAUGUCACAAAUCAAUAUUUCAGUUUUUGGUCAUCCUAUAUACUUGAAACUCAUCGCCAGAAGGUCUCGUAAUUUUGCUGGUACCAGAUACCUUAAGAGAGGAAUCAAUGAUGAGCUACUGGAUGAGCCACACCUUCCUUUUGACUGUGAUACCAUGAGACUGUUUGAGGAGGCAUAUGAGGACCUGGGGGAUAGUCAAGCUAUACAGUAUGGUGGAUCAACACUGGUACAUAGGAUACAAACUUAUCGUAAAGUGGCUCCAAUGAAGAAUCAUGGAUGAGACAUAUACACAAGCACUCUGAGGUACUAUAGGAACACAUUCACUGACGCUGACAAGCAGAUGGCUAUUAACAUGUUCCUUGGAGUGUUUGUACCAAAACAAGGAGAAGCCAAUGUAUGGGAACUAUCAACUGAUUAUUAUCUACACCAUAGGACAGCUAGGGAAUCACAAUCACUGAAACUGUUUAAGAGUCCUACCAAAUGGUGGAAAGAUGAACUGAUAUCAUCACUACCUUUACCACAAUAUGAAGGACAAGUUAUUGCUAAUGCUGAAGAUGAUCCUGAAGAAGAAGGACCCACUCCUCCAGCAAUACCUCAUAUUAGUAAUGACACUACUGACAGAAACAGUUUUGAUGAAAUAUACAAAACUUACGAACUAACCGACUUUGAUAGACUACUGAGCACAUCUGUUGUAAGGACUGGAGAUAAUGUUGUGUCCCUUGAUAGUGAAGGUGGUGCUAUUCAAGGUAAUCCUUUUGUAGUGAGAGACAAAAUGAAGACGAAAGUGGGCUCCAGUAGUUCCAAGAUGGCUGCUAAAAGAGGAUUCAGUGUUGGUAUACCACAGACUGAGCCAGCAGAAGCUGAUGAGUAUUCAUCAGACAGUGAGCCUGAGGAUGAGAGGACUGGUGAUCAGUAUACUCACCCAAACAACAAGACUCUAAUGUCACUACUAACACUCACUCCUUCACUUCUUAUUGUACUCCCAAUGGUCUCCCCAGUUCUAUUGAUUACUAUGGGUUUGAGUGUAGGGAUCCUUCAAAAAAGGGCAUGAAGACUUAUGAAAGGCAAAAGCAAUUAUACUACUGAACAUGAUGCUACAAGAAAGACAAAGGAAGCAAAAAAAGUAGCUAGAUAUGGUCCUCGUCCAAUUUCAAAUGAUGACAUAGCUAUGUACUCACAAUUUGACAGAUGAUUAUUUUAUUGUGUGUUAUAUAUGACUAUUUGAUUAUGUGUUCACCACUUUCUGUGGUGGCUUGUGUGUUUUAUCCCACGAGUGUGUUUGAAUAAUAACAUUGAUAGUUAAUAGUUAAUGCUAUGUCCUAGAACUGGAAUUGUUGCUGAUUUUUGGUGAUAAUAGCAUUGCUAAAAUUAGCAUAGCUAAUCCAUUAGCUACUACUUGUGAUAAAUGUUCAUAUUAUACUGCCAUUAAUACUGUCUCUCUCUUUUGUUCUUUUGUUUAUCACUCUUAUGUUGUUAUUGUUUAUCAUUUGCUUGUUAUUGUUUAUUUUCUGAUGUUGAAAUUAUUUAUGGUAACACAAGCUACAAUGUACAUUGCUACAUUAAUUGAGUGCAGUGUGUGGGUAUGUGAGGUGAGAUAUGUAUGGUAUGUUAUUAUUGAGCUAGUUAUUAUUAAUAGUGUAGACUGUAGAGGCUGUUUACUGGAGGAGAUGUCAUCAAUCUAUCAACCAGUGAAGAGGAGGGAUCACUCUACAGUACAGGUAGGAGACUACCUAUACAUGUGGGGUGGGGACCAGCCUGAUCUCCCUGAAGUACA